GAGAAAGUGAAAGCGGAGGUGAAGUUAAGAGGUUUUCAUGCAGGUCUGAUCGCUGAAAGUAAAGGAAGCGACUGAUUAAAGGAAAGCCGCUUUUUCUCAACAACAUUGCCAAGACCCCAGAAUAAAGACACUUGUGGUGAAUGUUAGAAGAUGGAAUUGAAAGAGAUUCCAGCUGACAGUCUCUCCCGCCCUUUGGGCAGGAAUGAGGUCAUAGGUUUACUCUUCCGCCUCACAAUAUUCGGUGCCGUCACCUAUUUUACAAUUAAGUGGAUGGUUGAUGCGAUCGAUCCAACACGAAAACAGAAAGUUGAGGCACAAAAACAGGCAGAAAAACUCAUGCGGCAGAUAGGAGUGCAGAAUGUGAAGCUUUCAGAAUAUGAGAUGAGCAUUGCAGCUCAUCUUGUGGACCCUUUGACUAUGCAGAUUACAUGGCAUGACAUUGCAGGCCUGGACGAAGUCAUAACUGAACUGAAAGACACAGUCAUACUUCCGGUCGAGAAGAGGCAUCUGUUCAAAGGAUCCAAGCUACUUCAGCCACCCAAGGGAGUGUUGCUGUAUGGGCCCCCAGGCUGUGGGAAAACUCUUAUAGCCAAAGCAACUGCCAAAGAGGCUGGAUUCCGUUUCAUCAACCUGCAGCCUUCCACUCUCACAGACAAAUGGUAUGGAGAGUCCCAGAAACUAGCUGCAGCUGUGUUCUCUCUGGCUGUCAAGCUACAACCCUCCAUCAUCUUCAUUGAUGAGAUUGAUUCCUUUUUGAGGAGUCGCUCAAGUUCAGAUCAUGAGGCCACUGCCAUGAUGAAGGCUCAGUUCAUGAGCUUAUGGGAUGGGCUGGACACUGACUUCAGCUGCCAGACCAUAAGUGAGAACUGUGUUCUCUACACACAGGUCAUAAUAAUGGGAGCCACCAAUCGGCCACAAGAUCUUGAUUCUGCUAUACUCCGAAGGAUGCCCACAAGGUUCCACAUUAAUCAGCCAAAUCUCAAGCAGAGGAAAGAUAUAUUGAAACUGAUCUUGGAAAAUGAGAACGUGGAGUCUGCUGUGGACUUUUAUGAAAUUGCAAAAGAGACUGAUGGCUUCUCAGGAAGUGACCUCAAAGAGAUGUGUCGAGACGGCGCUCUUCUUUGUGUGCGCGACUUUGUGCACAACCAAGAAAGUCAAGAUGAAGACUACAUCCGUCCCAUCAAGCAACAAGACUUGCAAAAGGCAAUCGAGAAGAUGAAGAAGUCCAAAUCUGCAGGAAUGCAAGAUCAAUUUAUGCAUGUACCACUGGACUGAAAGUGAUGCUGCUGUUUUUAGGAAGCAUGCACCUAGACCUAGUUUAUUUAUUUUCUUAUUUGUGGCAUAUCACCAUGCAUCAUGUUUUGAAAAAGGGGGAACUCAGGACCAAUAAUUGGUGGAAUAUUUUUGCCAUUUCUCUGAUCAUCUCUUUUUGCACUGCAAUUUCCCAACUUUUUUUUACAUUCAGUCAUGUUUAUCUGAAUGUGUAUUUCUUCAUUGGCUGUUGUAGUCUGGUUCUGGUAGUUUCAUUAAACGUCACCUUGUGAGAGGAUGGGCAACAGUGUAGUCGAUCUCCAUUUGUGUAUCAUGCAUUAAUUUAUUUUACAUCACCAACUAUAUGUAACCUAAAUUCAGCUGAUUUGUGAGCACAGAUAACUGUUAUCUAACUUGAUUUUACCUGCUCUCAUUUAACUCGUGUUGUUUCAAUAACUGUUUAUUUUGCCGCAGUGAGUGAAAGAUUUGACUGAGAUGUGUUUACAUAUACAGUACACUGGCAUUUUACAGUGAAAUGUUUAAAUCUUGAAUUAAGCCCAUAUUGGAGGUAAUGUGUAUUGUGUACAGUUGAAGUCAGAAGUUUACAUACACCUUAGCCAAAUACAUUUAAACUCAGUUUUUCACAAUUCCUGACAUUUAAUUGUAGAAAAAAUUCCCUUUCUUCGGUCAGUUAGGAUCACUACUUUAUUUUAAGAAUGUGAAAUGUCAGAAUAAUAGUCGUGAGUGAUUUAUUUCAGCUUUUAUUUCUUUAAUCACAUUCCCAGUGGGUCAGAAAUUUACAUACACUUUGCUAGACUUUAAAUUGUUUAACUUGGGUCAAAUGUUUUGGGUAGCCUUCCACAAGCUUCUCACAAUAUGUUGCUGGAAUUGUGACCCAUUCCUCCAGACAGAACUGGUGUAACUGAGUCAGGUUUGAAGGCCUCCUUGCUCGCACAUGCUUUUUCAGUUCUGCCCACAAAUUUACUAUCGGAUUGAGGUCAGGGCUUUGUGAUGGGCACUCCAAUACCUUGUCUUUGUUGUCCUUAAGCCAUUUUGCUACAAUUUUGGAGGUAUGCUUGAGGUCAUUGUCCAUUUGGAAGACCAAUUUGCAACCGAGCUUUAACUUCCUGGCUGAUGUCUUGAGAUGUUGCUUCAAUAUAUCCACAUAAUUUUCCUUCCUUAUGAUGCCAUCUAUUUUGUGAAGUGCACCAGUCCCUCUUGCAGGAAAGCACCCCCAUGAUGCUGCCGCCCCUAUGCUUCAUGAUUGGGAUGGUGGACUUCGGCUUGCAAGCCUCAAACUUUUUCCGCCAAACAUAACGAUGGUCAUUAUGGCCAAACAGUUCAAUUUUUGUUUCAUCAGACCAGAGGACAUUUCUCCAGAAAGUAAGAUCUUUGUCCCCAUGUGCAGUUGCAAACUGUAGUCUGGCUUUUUUAUGGCAGUUUUGGAGCAGUGGCUUCUUCCUUGCUGAGCAGCCUAUCAGGUUAUGUCGAUAUAGGACAUGUUUUACUGUGGAUAUAGAUACUUGUCUACCUGUUUCCUCCAGCAUCUUCACAAGGUCCUUUGCUGUUGUUCUUGGAUUGAUUUGCACUUUUGCACAAAACUAUGUUCAUCUCUAGGAAACAGAAUGCAUCUCCUUCCUGAGCGGUAUUAUGGCUGCAUGGUCCCAUGGUGUUUAUACUUGCGUAUUAUUGUUUGUAGAGAUGAACAUGGUACCUUCAGGCUUUUUGAAAUUGCUCUCAAGGAUGAACCAGACUUGUGGAGGUCCACAAUUUUUUUUUCUGAGGUCUUGGCUGAUUUCUUUUGAUUUUCCCAUGAUGUCAAGCAAAGAGGCACUGAAUUUGAAGGUAGGCCUUAAAAUACAUCCACAGGUACACCUCUAUUUGCCAAUUAGCCUAUCAGAAGCUAAUUGGCUAAUUGCCUAAAGGAUUGACAUAAUUUUCUGGAAUUUUACAAGCUGCAAAAAGGCACAGUUAACUUAGUGUAUGUAAACCUCUGACCCACUGGAACUGUGAUAUAGUCAAUUAAUAGUGAAACAAUCUGUCUGUAAACAAUUCUUGGAAAAAUUACUUGUGCCAUGCACAAAGUAGAUGCCUUAAAUUACUUGCUAAAACUAUAGUUUGCUAAUAUGAAAUCUGUGGAGUGGUUAAAAAUGUGUUAAUGACUUAAGUGUAUGUAAACUUCUGACUUCAACUGUAAAUAUUUAUUUGCAAAACAUUAAAUAUGAUUGCACAAAAUAUUUGAAUUGUUGGAUUGAGCUUUAAGUUGUUUCUUUACGCAAGCCUUUUGGAUUUGAAUAAGGGGCCAGUGCCAAGCCACUGCUGUUACUCAUCUGUUUGGUAUUAUUCUGGGAUAUGGAUGAAUUUUUAUGAAUUAUAUAGGAAGGAAUUUGAAUUUUUUGUAUUGAACUACUAGUUUUAGAUUGCAAUAAGGAACUUGCAUUCUUCAGUUCAAUUAGUAUUUCUAUCUUGUUUGCGAUAGCCUUCAACUGGUCCCUAAAGUUUAAAUGUGUUUACAUCAUAAAUCAGAAUUUACUUGUAACUUGAAAAUGUUUUGUUCACACUACAAGAAUUAGAUGACCAUUUUUUCUUUAUUUUGUCAAUGGAUUUUAUUGGAAAUAUUGCCCAAUGCACAUAACAUUGUAUAAAAUGACAGUGUAAAUCUCAAGUUUGUACAAAAAGGUUGAAUAAGCAACUAAAUACAUUUCCUGUAAGACAAUAAAUAUGUUUAGGUUGGUCCAUUAAAAAAAAAAGGUAAGACAAGAAA